UAUGGCCGGCACUUUCCAUCGGAGAGACCCUGGCUCUUCUUUUACCAUCACACACACACACCUCAAGGUCUCGUCACACUCCCUCACCACCAGGCUGUUUCCUUUUGUGUCGCAGAUAAAACCCAAUGGGAUGGAGGCUCUCGUCUCUUCACUCUUGAAGCCACUGCCUACGCCCUUCUGGCCUCUGUGAAAAUCGGGCAGUACGACCGAUCUGGAAAUAUCGUGAAAUGGCUGACAGAACAAAGGUUUUAUGGAGGAGGAUUUGAGUCGACGCAGGCCACCAUCAUCGUGUUUCAAGCAAUGGCUGAAUACCUGACUGCGGUGCCAGAGUACCAGGAAAUUGACCUGGAUGUCGAGCUGACCAUAUCUGGACGCACCAAGCCUACUAAAUGGAAAAUCAACAAGGCAAAUGCCUUCCUUGCACGAUCAGAAAAGACCAACAUUGACAAGGACAUCUCCGUUGCUGCAAAAGGAACUGGCCAGGGAGCAAUGUCGGUGAUGAGUAUCUACUACGCUCUGGUGGAACAGAACAUUACAGAAUGCAAGAAGUUUGAGCUGAAGGUGUCGAUGAAAGAAGUUCCCAAUGCCAAGAAGCCUGAAGGAGCAAUACGAACAUUUAUAUUCACCGCCACUAUGACGUAUCAAGGUGAAAGAGACGCCACCAUGUCCAUUCUUGACAUCACGAUGCUGACGGGCUUCAUUGCUGACCAAACCGACCUCGGAAAGCUGGCGAACGGAGUGGACAAAUACAUUCAAAAGUUUGAAGUUGACAAGGCGCUUUCUAACAAAGGGUCUCUCAUCCUGUACCUAGACAAGGUGUCCAAUAAACGCUGGGAUGAGAUCUCCUUUAAAGUCCAUCAGAUGUAUGAAGUGGGCUUAAUUCAGCCAGCAGCAGUGACCAUCUAUGAGUACUACGAGAUGGACAAACGCUGCCAGAGAUUCUACCAUCCAGACAAAGAAACUGGGCUACUCAGCAAAAUCUGCCAAGAGCAAGUAUGCAGAUGUGCCGAAGAAAACUGCAGCCUGCUGAAGAAGAACGAGGGGAGACUGGGAGAGGCGGGCCGAGUGACGAUGGCCUGUGAAGCGGGAGUCGAUUAUGUGUACCGAACCCGACUCUUGGAGACCAUCGAGGAGGCCGAGUACUCUUUCUACAAAAUGAAUGUUGUGUCAGUCAUUAAAGAAGGUACUGAUGAAAAUCCCGAAGGGAAAAGAAGAGUCUUCAUCUCUCACAGGUCCUGCAAGAAAACCUUGAACCUGGAAAAAAAUAAGGAAUACCUGAUAAUGGGAAAAAUGGACGAUCUGUGGCUCAAAGGACAAGAGAUUUCCUACAUCCUUGGCUCAGAGACGUGGAUUGAGUGGUGGCCAUCAAGCCAAGAAUGCCAGGACCCCAAAUACAAAAAGACAUGCGAAGAUAUUAAGGGGGCCGCUGACCACCUGCGCGACUUUGGGUGCCCCAACUAAGCCACCUUCUCAGGAAUGUUUUGUAUUUCACAUCUCUCUAGUUUCUCCUUAAUAACACGUCGUUAUUUGCAUCGACCGGGACUCGGCGAACGGUGAACUUGGAGCACUCCGUCAAAGCUCAGCCUCACGGUUCCAUCUUAAUUUCUCCCAGCUCUUAAUGCUCAAAUUUUUUUUUAUGCAAAUGUUCCUCUCAUCCAAACAUGAAAUAAAAUAUCUUAUGAAAAGGUCA